GUCAGAUUCUCUUUCUUUCUCUCUCUCUCUCUCUAUUUAUCUCAUUGAGCUUGACUUCAACUUUUUGAAUAAAAUAAACAGUUGACAUCUUCAAGCCCAAGACAACCCUUUUCUCUUUUUUUUUCCAAAAAAAAAACUUUCAUUCAUCACUUGACUUCAGCUCUUUUUCAGCUUCUCAGACUUGAUUUUACAUCAAUCAAAUUUAAUCCGCCAAGCUGGUCUAACACUUUCGAAUUAAGUUGACCCAACAGACUUUGUAUAUCUUAUAAAGCUCUUGUUAUACUUUAUUCAUCUUCCCUUUCACCAUUACACUCCACAAUACAAAUACAUUUUAUUCUUUCAUCUGGCCAUCGGAUUGAACUUGUCAUCUUUCAAUUUCUGUCUCCUUUCCUACAUUCCAAGAUACUUUUUUACACAUCUUUAUCUUAUUUUUUUUACAUCACUCAUAUCCUUUGACGCUUUGAAAAUGUCAUCCGAUACUAUCUCCAACGCUAGCAAUGACAACAUUCUCUCUCGAGUUCAAUCCGGUCAAUCAGAGAACCGUGAUGGGUUUUUUGAAUCGUACUCAUUUCCACCUAAAAACCAUCCAAUCCAAAGAAAUCCUUCGAACCAAACCAAGUCCAAUCAAAUCAAUCCAUUCGAAAGAAUCAAUUCAGUUCAACCUCCUACCAAGCCUUAUCGUUCAAUGUCCGUACCUGGUGUAUUUCCUUUAAGACGUCGACAAAGUUCUGCUAGUCCAUUAAGUAAGAUUAGUUAUAGUGAAGAAAGUAAAGAUGAACCGUCUAUCAUCAAAUCACAAAACGAGGCUUCUUCUCAUCUUAGAAGAGCAUCACUUGGAGGAGAUCCGAAUCAUCAAAUCUCAUUUAACUAUCGUCGAAGGUUAUCGAAUCCUGGAUCAUUUAGUCUUAAACAUGAUCGACAACCAAGUCCAUUAGGAACCAAAGCUUCGAUCACCAAUCGAUCUCAUUCGAAUUCGGUUUCAUCUAGUGCUUCAAGUGGUUAUUUUUCGGAUAUAAGUGAAAUCACUAGUCAAUCCUCAAUCAACGAAUCUGAAAUAAUUCAUUCGGAUGUCUGUCAUCCGAUUCCCAAUCAAUUCAGAAAUAUGACUUCGAAAUCUAAACCUUCUCCACUCGGUUCUCGUAGACCACUUUCGAUUGGUAAUAGUUUACUUUCGACUAUUGAUGAUGAAUUAUCUGUAACACCUUAGUAGCUUUCUCUUUCAAAACGUUUUGCUUUUGUGAGUGUCAAUAGGUUGGAGCCUGAGGAGAUUGAGUUUUUUCAUUUUGCUCGAUUUUUGUUUUUUCAUUUUCCUUUUUCGUCUUUCGAUUCACAAAUAUCUUUUUCUCCUUAAAAACCAAACCCAUUUAUUCUUUUCUCUUUCAAAAAAAUUAACAUCAAUUGCAUCAUCAUCAUCAUCAUCAUUAACGCCAUGUAUAUUUGUAAGAAAAAAACUCCCACCUUAGUUUUUUUUGAUUGUAUGCCAGAAAUUGUUUCAAGUAUUAUUAGAAAUUUUCAUUUACACGAUGAUUCAAUUGUAUGUUUUUUUGAUCAUUUGAUUUUUUAGAAACAACCAGUGAUUUUUAUUUGUUUGGUGGAAAAGAUUAUUUUAUCAUGAAGUUUUGAAUUUGAGAUGCAAAGAAAAAUGCCAAGGAUCAUUUGAACUCAUCU